AUGAACAAAGAGGAGCAAGUGAAGCUUAUUGGAUUAUGGGGAAGUCCUUUUAGCAAAAGAGUCGAGAUGGUCCUUAAACUUAAGGGCAUACCUUAUGAAUACAUCGAAGAAGAUGUUUAUGUUAAAAAGAGCCCUCUGCUUCUUAAGUACAAUCCUAUCCACAAGAAAGUCCCUGUCCUCGUCCACGGUGGCAGAUCCAUAGCCGAGUCUCUGGUGAUUGUCGAAUACAUCGAAGAUACGUGGAAGACAAGUCACCCGAUUUUGCCUCAAUAUCCUUAUGAACGUUCCAUGGCCCGUUUUUGGGCCAAGUAUGUGGAUGACAAGGUAAUGUUAGCAGUGUGGAAAGCUUGUUGGGGACCGGAAAGCGAAAGAGAAAAGGAAGUGAAAGAGGCUUAUGAGGGUUUGAGAUGUCUAGAAAACGAGCUUGGAGAUAAACAAUUUUUCGGAGGAGAAACAAUUGGAUUUGUCGAUAUAGCGGCUGAUUUCAUAGGAUAUUGGCUAGGGAUCGUCCAAGAAGCUUCAGGUGUGACGUUCAUGACCGCAGACAAGUUUCCAAAACUUCAACGUUGGUCGGAAGAUUUCGUUGGGAAUGAUAUCAUCAAGGAAGUCUUGCCGCCUAAGCAGAAGCUCGUGGCUCUUUUCAAGGCCCAAUUUGGAAACGCUGCAUCUAGUUAA